GGCACUGCUCCUCCCUCAGUCUCCAGGAUGUUGUGUGAUGGUUUCUUGCUGCUGAUAGUGCUUUCUUCCAGCUAAUAAAAGCCUAUCUCUCGCCUCGCGUCUCCGGGAGUUAUUGAUGCUGAAAGAGAGCUCCCAGAGCCUGGACGGGGGAAGGACCUGAGCAAGUGAGGGACGUUUGAGCUGGAACUCUCUCCAAGUCAGGGUUGCUACAUUGAUCCCACUCCCACCUCCUCCCGCUGUCAGACCUGUCCUGAGCCGGUGAGAGUCAGUGUGACCCGGACGGCGGCAGUCCCGCUCUACCCCGGCUCACCCGGCCCCGUCCAUCUGUAAUCAGUGACUGACACUUUACAGCCGAGAGGCCUUGGGAACAGCAGCUCAGACUCAACUCCGCGUACAGGGUGAACACAGCGGUGCAGGACCAUUGUCGGUCACCCGGGAAGUCAGACUGUGAUUUCCUGGGACCACACUGAAUGCCGUCUGGUUACAACAUCAGAGGUAAGUGUGGUCUAUGAUUCUGCACAACUAUUCAGCAUUUACACCGAGGCUCGGCCUUGCUCAGGAUAGGGGGUGAAUUUAGUGGGAGAAGGGAGUCCUGACAUGUUCAUGCUAACAAGUCAAUUAUUAGCCAAAUUGAUUAUGAGAAACGACGUUGUUGCCGUCAACCAGAAAUACUCUCCAGGGUGGUUUCUACUGAGUGCGAGCAGAAACUAUCUUUUACACUGGUGGUAACAUAUGAAAUAUCCCACGGGGCUAUGACCCUUCACCAAUCUCUCUCAAACAAGAGAAAACAAAUGCUGGAAAUCAGAGCAACACACACAAAAUGCUGGAGGAACACUGCAGGCCAGGCAGCAUCUAUGGAAAACAGUACAGUCGACCUUCGAGAAACCAGGUAAUGUCCUUUACAUCGCGUCAUUUCUAACAUUGCUCUUCCCUGCAGCAGAAAGGUUUAAAAAGGUUACGACUUUCUUCACACUUGACUGGCAGUGUUUUGUCGAACCAGCUUGGAUUUGAUUUCAGCAAAAGGGCUGCUCCCUGUUCCGAGGAAUGCCAGCAGGCAGCUGCUUACACGCAGACCCUGAGCACCGAGUCUCACAGAAUGGGUAUACAUUUCGAUUUAUACGCAUCCAUAGAGCUGCCUGAUCUGCUGAGUUCCUCCAGCAUUGUGCGUGUUGCCAUGGUUACGGGAGAUCUGUGUGGGACGGUGGACGGGGUAUUUGUAAGAAACGAUGCACUUGUCCACACUAUCAGAAUAUUCUUGGGGAAUGAACGUGAAAAUAAUUCGGUUUCUGAUAUUUAUUUCGGAUCUUUAUUUCCAAACAACCAGUUGUCUGUGCAUUGGAUCGCCGAUCAAGGAGUCAUUUGUUUUUUUUAAGCCAUUUCUGAUGGCAGUGAUUUGUUGGUUCCUACUGUGUUGUUACCUCUUUGCAUGAUUGAUGUUUUCCACAGGUUAGGUGACGAUUAAGAACAAUGGCCUUCUGUUUCAAAGCAAGGGUGUGAGGAUCUGUACAGAUAUGGUUGUUCACUGUCUGCAUUAGCAAUUUAUCUGAGGAAAUUGCUAAUACAGAUAAGGAACAACCAUGCUCCAAGUGUCUGUCCCCAGAAUGCAACAUUUACAAUUCUGUUAUGGACUGAAAACAUUCAUAUUUACUGUGCUCCAAGUGUCUGUCCCCAGAAUGCAACAUUUACAAUUCUGUUAUAGACUGAAAACAUUCAUAUUUACUGUAUUCUGUAUUUGGUUUAUGAUGCAGUCAUUGUCCAAUUUAUGUUCAAGUUUAAUAGUCAUUCAAAACAUACAUGGCAACCCAUGAACACAGCCAAAAACCACAGUGUUAUUGCACAUGAAGACUCGUUGGAAACAGCCUAUCUAAGAUCCCCCAAGGGCAUACACAUUGUCUGAGUAACAUUAACUAUUCAUCAUAGCCUCUCCUGAACUCUCUUUCUAUUACUUUGUUUUACCGAACAUGAGAGUCUUCUACAAGGAAUCUUGUCUUCUCAUGAUGUGGCCAAAAAAAUUUGAGCCUUUCAAGCCUCCUCGUGAGCACUCUGGCUGUAUUUCUUCAGCUAUUGACUUGUUGGCUCUUCUUGCUGUCCAACAAACUCGGAGCACUUUCCUUCAGCAUGCAAGUUCAAAGGCGUUGAUUCUUUUGAUUUCAGCCUUACUAAUAGUCCAGUUCUCACAGCCAUACAUCACAACUGGAAAUACCAUAGACUUUACUCUACGGUCCGUCGUAGACAAUGUUAUGCCUCUGCAUUUCAGUAUUUUAUCUAAAUUUGUCAUUGCUGCCCUCCCUAGAAGUAAGUGCUGUUUAAUAUUUUGGUUGUAGUUGCCAGUUAUAGAAAUCUUUGAACCAAGGAAGACAAAAUCCAUCACUGCUUCCACUUUCUUUCCAUUUAUUACCACGGGGUUAAUGGGGCUGGUCGACAUAAUCUUAGUUUUCUUAAUAUUGAGCAACAAGCCAGCUUUUGCACUUUCUUCUUUCACUUUGAGUAGAAGUUUCCACCGAUCCUGCUCACUUUCAGCCAUUGGAGGAAUGCCAUCUGCAUAUCUAAGGUUGCUAAUAGUUCGUCUGGUAUUUUUAAUUGCAACAUUUGAGUCCUCUAGAGCAGCAUUCCCCAUGACAUGUUCAGUAUACAGAUUAAAUACGUAGGGUGACAGUAUGCAGCUUGGUCAUACUUCUUUCUCAAUCUUGAACUAUUUUGUACUGUUGCUUCUUGAUCUUCGUACAAGUUUCCAAUAAGGUAGAUCAGAUGUUCAGGUAUCCCAAUUUCUCUACGGAUUUGCUAUAGUUUAUUAUGGCCCACAUUGUCGAAGGUUUUAGAGUAGUCAAUUAAACAGAUAAAAACUUUUCUGGAAUUCCCUUUAUUUCUAUAUUAUCCAGCGUAGGUUAGCAAUUUGGUCUCUGGUGCCUCCUCUUCUAAAACCAAGUUGCACAUCUGGCAGUUCCGGAUUCAUAUAUUGAUGGUGUCUUGCUUGCACGUUAACUUGCUAACGUGUGGAAUUAGUGAAAUUGUUCGGUAAUUUGAACAUUCCUUUGCAUUACUUUUCUUGGGAAUUGGGAUAUAAGCUGUUUUUUUUUACAGUCUAAAGCCCAUUGUUGCGUUUUCUUGUUCUGAUGGCAAAUUGCAUGCAACACUUUUACUGCAUCACCUUUUAAACUUUUAAACAAUUGAACUGGAAUCCUGUCACAUCCUGCAGUCUGAUUAUUGGCAAUGUUUUCUAUCGCCCAUUCGACGUCACUUUCUAGAAUGUCCGGCUCUCGGUCAGUGAGGGAGUCAUUGCAGGUGUCCUUGCUGUUGGGAUUUUUCCUGUACAAUUCUUCCUUGUAUUCCUGCCACUCUACGUCUUCACUCCCUGGAAUGUAGGAGACUCAGCAGCGACCUUACAGAAGUGUUUUAUAUUGAAGGGCAGAGUAACUGACUCAUUCUAUUUUAUUGGUGUAAUUCAGAUAAUCGCCAGCAGGUGGUACUUUUUUCCAGGCGGACGGCAGGCAAGCGGACGAUAAUCAACUAACGUCAGUCUGAGUCAGAAUGAACACAGAUCUGAACUCCGCAAUCUCCGCCUUCCUGUCAAAUUGUGAGGAUCGCCAACUGUUCCGGCUGACGAGAUUCUACAUGGAGCGACUGGAGCAGGCGAUUGAGGAGGGUGUGGAGGGAAUCAGCUUCAUGUUAAUGGGCGAGGAUCACUUCACUGGGCCAGAGUAUCACAGCGUGACUGAGCUCGCGGAGAAGGGAAACCGAGUGGGCGCUUCCAAACUCCUCCUGGAUCUGGUGAUGGAGAAGGGCUCCGGGGCCCGGAGGGUGAUGUGGGAAUCCUUUGUGAAACUACAUCACCAUUUACCAAAACUGAGCAGACUAUUGAAUGAAAUACGGGAACGCGGUGACAGUCAGUUUGCCUACAUGGACACUGAGCGGGGUUUAUCUGUAAUGCCUGCGCAUCUGAAAGAUGUUCGAAGGAAACACAUGGAGACUCUACGGACACAGACUGAAAAACUAAGAGUGAACACGAUCCUGAUGAGGGAGAAGGUGAAGGUUUUUCAGCUGGUUGAUCGAUACGCUGAGCUCACGGUCAUUUCUACUGUUCGAGAUCGGACACUGGUGGAACAUGAGCUGCUGGCAAUAGGCAGAGACCACGAGGAGCACAGAAAAACUCAUCUCCGCGGAAAGCUGGAAAAAAUCCGGACUGAUCAGUUAUUCGAGAAGAGUUUUGCGCAAAAAUGGAAAAAACUUGUCUUUGGAAACAAAACAGGUAUGUCUGCAGCAGUGGCCGGAGUCCCGGGAAUCGGGAAAACAACAAUGGUACAAAAGAUUGUUUAUGAUUGGGCCACGGGGAAAAUAUUCCAACAAUUCCAGUUUGUCUUCAGUUUCAAAUUCCGGGAUUUAAACUCCAUUAACUGUAGAAUAAACCUGAGGGAACUGAUUCUGGAUCGGUAUCCAUACCUUGGGAAUUUACUUAGACAUGUCUGGAAGAACCCAGAGGGAUUGCUGUUUAUAUUUGAUGGUUUGGAUGAAUUCAAACACAGAAUUGAUUUUGCUGACAGCCGGAGAGACACAGAACCCAAGCACCAGUGCCCAGAUCCCGAGUGGUGGUGUGAAGUGUCGGACAUUGUGUACAGUUUAAUCCAGGGCAAGCUGCUCCCAGGGUGUUCAGUGCUGGUGACCACCCGCCCCACUGCAUUACAUUUAUUGGAAAAGGCGGAUAUCAGUGUCUGGGCUGAAAUCCUGGGAUUUGUUGGGGAGGAACGGAACGAAUAUUUCAAUAGGCAUUUUGAAGAUCAGACGGUGGCAGCAGCUGUUGUCAAACAUGUGGAGGAGAAUGGUAUCCUCUACGCCAUGAGUUACAACCCCUCCUACUGCUGGAUCCUCGCUCUGGCACUGGGCCCCUUCUUCAAACAAAGAGUCAGGGACCCGCAGAGAGUUCCCAAGACCAUCACCCAACUGUACUCCUACUAUAUUUACAACAUCCUGAAAAACCACAGCUAUGAGACUGAGAACCCCCAUGAUGUGUUACACAGGGUUGGUAGGAUGGCCUUCAGAGGGGUGUCUGAGAAGAAGGUUGUGUUUACGAAUGGAGAUUUAAUCAAGCACAAUCUGGAACCUUCCCAGUUCCUGUCUGGGUUCCUGAUGGAGCUUUUGGAGAGAGAAGAUUCUGCCCAGAGCGUGGUGUACACAUUCCCACACCUCACCAUCCAAGAGUUUGUAGCUGCAGUCGCACAAUUCCUGAAUCCACAUCCCUGGGAUAUCCCGAAUUUCCUCACAGAAGCCCACAACACAAUAGAUGGGCGAUUCGAGGUAUUUCUCCGUUUUGUUGCUGGUCUCUCCUCCCCAAUGGCAGCUCGCGGACUGGAAGAGUUUCUAGGUCCUUUUCCUCAUCAAACUACCUGCCGGGUUAUUGACUGGGUGAAGGAGGAGGUUAAACGCCAGAGUGGAAACACAAAGAAUGAAGAUGGUAAAAAGAGCUUCCUGAACACAUUGCACUACCUGUUUGAGUCUCAGAAUCGUAGACUGGCUCAGGCCGCACUGGGUUCUGUGGAAGCACUUUCAUUCUGUGGAAUGACACUGACCACGAUUGACUGCGCGGUCCUGUCUCAUGUCAUCGGACUCUGUGAUGCAAUAAAACACCUGGACCUGUGGGACUGCCACAUUCAGUGUGAAGGAAUCCAGCGGCUGGGAUCUGGGCUGCACAAGUGCCAGGAGCUGAGACUGAGUGACAAUAAUCUGGGAGAUUCAGGAGUGAAACUGGUGUCUGCGGCUCUGAGGGACCCGGAGUGUAAAAUACAGAAACUACGGUUGUUCAAUGUCGGUCUCACAGAUUCUGGUGCCGAGGAUCUCGCCUCCGCUCUCAGUACAAACCCAUCACUGACGGAGCUGAACCUGAGUCAUAAUGAACUGGGAGAUUCAGGAAUGAAACUGGUGUCUGCGGCUCUGAGGAACCCAGAGUGUAAAAUAGAGAAAUUGUGGCUGGAGAGAGUCGGUCUCAAAGAUUCUGGUGCUGAGGAUCUCGUCUCCGCUCUCAGUACAAAACCAUCACUGAUGUGGCUGGACCUGAUGUUAAACUCGCUCACAGACCAAUCCGUCCCCGCUCUCCGCCAUCUCAUACUGACCCUCCCGAGUCUGGAGUGGAUCUGGCUGGAGGACAAUCAGUUCAGUAACACAGGGAAGAAGGACCUGAGAUCUCUGCUGGAACGAAGACCCGGGGUGGCAGUGAAGGUGUGAACAACCCCACCCCGGGGCUGACGACAUUUUGUCCGAUUUCCCGCCCUCCUCUUUAACUCCCGCCCUUAGGGAAUGGCCGCGUGCCAGAUUUGAUUCCCAACCGUUCUAAUGGAGCUGGCUCCAGCCUUGCGCUCUGUGACAUCGGAACUGGACCCGCAGUUACGUUUCUCCGCCUGUUGUCCACGGCGCAGCUUCCGCUGAAUGUGUGGGUUCGAGACUCCCCCACGUGAGACCCGGCGGAUGUACACAGACAUGAGGAACCCGGGGGCCGGUGCUCAGUCUGGGACACCAGUGACCCGGGGCGGCAUUAUCCAGGAAUGAAUGGUUUUGCUUCGUUUGCUGAGGACGGUGCAUUCGGCAGUCUGGCCGACAUAAUGUUAAAUUUACAAUACCUCGGUAGUGAUCCUGGACAUGGCCCUGAAGUGUGAUUUUAUAAUCAUCAGUUCCCUGAUGCAGACUGUCGCUGAGAAACAGGACGGAUUAUUCAACCUGUCACCCGUUGUCAUUGAUCAGUUAAUUGUGUGUGACUGUGAUUGAGUCGGGAGCAGUUUAUUUAUUCCCGCACAUCAGCAGCCCACCUAUUGUUUAACUUACAUUUGUCAUGAUGAGAUCAAUAAACCGCUGUAACUUACUGUCUUGGGGUCGGACA